CAUGACUUGGCUUUACAAUGUCGCCUAGUGCAAGUCAUGUGGACACCACCUCCGCAAUGGCAGAGGAUGUCCGCGCUGUAUUCGCAUAUGGCACUCUUCGUGGCGAUUUCAGUGAGAAGGGUGACUUUUGGGGAGUGAUUGCAAAAACAGGUGCUGCAUGGGUUCCUGCAUCGGUGCCCGGCUUCAAGCUGUACCAAGAGGAUUGUGCAACAUAUCCGUUUGCCCUUCAGACUGAGAGCUCUGAGGACGUGCUACAUGGUACGCUUCUUAUGUGGUCGCAGACAUCAGCAAGGAGAGCCAUUCAGAGAUGCGAUCAAAUCGAGGGCUUUGAUCCUGAAAGUCCGCAUGAUGGUUUGUAUCGUCGUGCGAUGGUUGAUGUACCCGUUUCUGUCGACGGGCUGAUGAAAAUGGUCAAAGAAAAAGACUUGCUGAAGGACAUCCUUGGCAAAUCGAGCGGCAGUCUGAUGUGGAUUCGGAGUUCUUUUUGUUUCAGCGUAGUAGUGCACUGCAGAUUUGGCUUGGCUUGAGGUGAUCCGUCGAAAGAUGGAGACUCAGCUUCAGUGACAGUGAGGGCUUUUGUGUACCAUCAGCCGAUGGAUGGGCGUGAAAAGGAGGUGAAACACUUCCCAGGUGGUGACUGGCUUUCAAAGUGAGUGAAGUAGCGAAUCUGGCCGAACAGAGCAAUGUACAACGAAGCACCAAAAUGGUGCGCAUCGUGAAAAGAUGCCAAUAACUCCUUCC